AAUGUGUCAAUGCCAUGUUCUACGAUAGUGAUUCGCGGUUUCCGGUGUUGCCUUACUUAGCGACAGUGAAUCCUGCAGUUGCGAUUAAUUUUGUACGAACGCCAUUCAGAACGUCCCCUGACACGGCUGCACACGUGAUGGAUCAAUUCGUGGCCGAGAAAACUGACGGGAACUUGAAAAGCGGCCUCGUAGAAGUGGAUCACAGUACCCGAAUGGUUUUAAUGAGCAUUGUUAAAAUAUCGCUGCUGUGGGAAGCACCCCCUAGUCCAUGGAGGACAAAGACAAGAAUUUUCUGCUGUCCGAACAACGUAGAGAAGAGAGUGGAUUUUAUCGAAUAUGAAUUGCUGAUGGCGCGAUCCUUCAACGUCUUUAAGUGCGAGGACGAUAAUCCACAGGUCAUUAUUUUGGAUUUAUCAGAGUACAAAUUCAGCGUAAUGAUCAUCUUGCCGUACCCGAAUUCCGGGGGGACAGACAAGCUGCAGGAAAAAAUGACCAUCGGCAAUUUGCUGGCCUGGCGACAGAAAUGUGUAUGGGAAUACCCGUAUAUACUACAUGUAUUUCUGCCGAAAUUUCGUAUCCGCUGCGGUGUUAAUUUGAAAUCAUGCACCACAAGAAUGGGUCUGCAGCAAGUGUACGAGGAGGCUGAUUACGGCCGCAUGUUUGAAGGCGACACGGCAGUGAAAAUUGAUGAAUUCAGGCAAGACGUUGUUCUCGAGUUGAAUGAACACGGAACUGGAGAUCCACUACCACAGUUGAACCUUGCCCCUCAUUUAAACUGGGGUGGAUUAUUCCUUGCUGAUCGGCCUUUUUAUUGCGUCAUUUGGGAUGAAACUGCCAAUGCUCCCGUCGCCCUUGGUCGAAUCACGGACCCAAGCAUGUAGCC